AUGGACAAGCUGCCAUUCCCCCAUGCCUUGUGGGUUGCUGCCAACUCCACCACCUCAGCCUCUGCGCCCUCACUCACAACUACGCCAAACUCCAACUCGAGCCAGGACAGCAGAUCGUCGCAUCAAAAGCAUUCUGACAACGCCCAUGUACUCUUCAAUGAUCCAUUCACAGGCGUCCCCAGCACUCCUCCUGAUGUGAACCGACUCCUCUUCUUGCUAUCGUGCGAGUAUCGACCCUCCUGCUUGUCGAUCCCGGCAUCUCUGUUUCUCUUGUACUUCUGUGCACCUCCCUGGAAAGAGCACAGGCGCGAGUUCAAGAAGCAGAUCCCUCAAGGCCAGCGUGCGUUCCAACUUAGCUGCCCGGGCAACCAAAAGCUCGCCACAUAUCUACGCCUCUACACGGAAUGGCUGUUCAGCGGCGGUGCGCCUCCUUCGCUCGCGAAACUUCACCGCCAUGCCGACGGCUCGACUAGUGUUUCCUUCUCGCCCAGCGUCAGAGCUUGCAUCUACAUCCUCAGACUCUAUUGUCAACGUGGUUAUCCCCUUGGUCGUGCCUGCAACCAGAUCAUAUCAAUCUUCACCGAGAAGGCUACCUUCGAAGUCAGCGAGGAGUCAUGGCGGAACGUCGUGGUUGCCACCGAGCCUGCCGAAAUCCCCUGCGACGUAUGGGCAAAUGCUUUUCCUACGCCUGCUCUACCAGAGUCGUCGUUGCCUCCAGUCUCCACAGGUCUUGAUACAAUCAUCCAGACCGAGCCUUUCCGUGGCAUCGCUUCUCUUCUGCCCAGCGCGCUCAGCGAUGUACCCGAGGGAUGGACUCUGUGGACGCCUGUCACUGUGCCGCUGUUGCAACUUCAUGCUCGCCGCAGAAUCUACAAAAUCCAACAUGAACGCAAUCUCGAGUACGUCACCACCGCAGCUGCUGCUCCCUCCCACGAGCUUGAUUUCUAUCGUGAAGGCCAGGCCAGAGAGCCCGAUCGCCGAAAGAUCAGAUUCUUCAGCCCUGACGUUGUCGCCGGUGCCGAAGAAGAGUCUGACGUUGAAUCAUCGCCAGAACAGGUCGAUGUCAUCCCUAACCCGCGCCUCGAGCUCAUCCAGAGACUCACCAAAGCUCGCCAAGUCGAAGCUCCCAAAACCGGUCGUUCUCGCAAGUCAUCGACUCCGGCUCCGACAAGAGCUCCUACCAAACCGACCAGACUUCGCCUCAUUGCUCCUCGCAGACCAUCAACCCCUGAACAAGAUGCUGCUUUUGAAGAAGCUAUGCAGAGCCCUACCCACGAUGACGAAUCCACAAAGGCUAGCGUUCAACCUGCCCCCAAUGCCAGCUUAGAGAUGAAUCGAGCCAGAUACUUUCUCGUCAUGGCCGGAUCGAGUUAA